GUGUCCUAUGUGAAGGCGAUAGACAUCUGGAUGGCGGUGUGUUUGCUGUUCGUGUUCGCCGCCCUGCUGGAGUACGCCGGAGUGAACUUCGUCUCCAGACAACAGAAGGAGUUUCUGCGGCUCAAGCGCAGGCAGAGGCGACACACCAAGGAGCAGGAAUUACAAGAUGGCCGCCUGCACUUCUCCGGCUACAACAAAAGCCCCGCGACCAACGCCAUUCAGGAGCCGUCAAUCCCGAAGGACUCGGAACCCAACCGGAAGAAGUUCGUGGACCGAGCCAAGCGGAUCGACACCGUUUCCCGAGCCGCCUUCCCGAUGGUGUUCCUGAUCUUCAACGUGUUUUACUGGAUCACAUACAAGAUCAUCCGACACGAGGGCGCCAGGAAGCUCUAGGUCUCAGUCAGGGACGAACACUGGG